UAAUAGAUUAAUAUUUUUUCCUCCAGAACGGUGGAAAGAGUUAAUUAGGAAUAGGGAAAAUCUAACAGUUAGAAUUGACUCUCGAGUACAAAGAGAGUUGUCUUGAUGGAAGAUAAUGGGGAGGUAGUAGGCUUGGGCAGUCACCCAUUGGUGGAAGAAAGUCCAAGGAUGAUGGCUUCUGAGGGCCUGGAAGAAGGAGAGGUUGAAGGGGAAACGCUGCUGAUCGUGGAGUCUGAGGACCAGGCCUCGGUGGACUUGUCUCAUGAUCAGAGCGGCGAUUCGUUGAACAGUGAGCUUGGUGACGAAGCAGAAGUGUCCUGGCCAGAGGAAAUGUCUUAUUACUGUGAAAAGUGUCAGAAAUGGAUACCUUCCGCUCAGCUGAGGGGAGAACAGCCCAGCUAUAUGAGAGGUGAUAACUUCUUCCGUUUCAGUUGCUCAGACUGCUCAGAGGAUGACAAGGAACACUUCGACAGACUGAAGUUAACCUGGCAACAAGUUGUAAUGUUGGCCAUGUACAACUUGUCUCUGGAAGGGACUGGACGCCAAGGUUACUUUCGUUGGAAAGAAGAUAUCUGUGCGUUUAUUGACAAACACUGGGCCUUCAUGUUGGGAAGCAGGAAGAAGACAUCAACUUGGUGGAGCACGGUAGCUGGCUGUCUCUCUGUAGGCAGCCCUAUGUACUUCCGCUCAGGUGCUCAGCAGUUUGGAGAACCAGGGUGGUGGAGGCUGGUCCACAACAAGCCGCCUGUCAUGAGACCGGAAGGAGAGAGGCCAUCGAGCACCUCACUAAAGGCCAGAGCUGUCAAGCCACCGCUGGAUCCAAUAAUUACAGUGGAGGGACUUCGUAAACGAGCAAGUCGCAAUCCUGUGGAAACAGCCAUAGAGCUAAAGGAGAAACGCUCUCGCACUCAGGAAGCGAAGGACAUUCGGAGAGCUCAGAAGGAAGCUGCUGGUUUCAUAGACAGGAGUGCUUCGUCCACCCCUGUAAAGUUUUCCAGCAGAAAUCGCAGACCAGAACUUAUCCUGGAGAAAGGAGAAGUGAUAGACUUUUCUUCGCUCAGCUCUUCCGAUCGUACUCCACUCACCAGUCCAUCUCCUUCCCCCUCACUGGACUUCUCUGCUCCAGGAACCCCACUGUCCCAUUCGGCCACUCCCAGUCUCCUUUCUGAAGCGGACCUUAUUCCCGACGUUAUGCCACCACAGGCAUUAUUUCAUGAUGAUGAUGAGGGUGAUACAGAUGGAGUCAUUGAUCCUGGGAUAGAGUAUAUUCCACCCCCCAGUGUUUCGCUGGCCACUGGCACCAUAAUAGUGAGCAGGAAGAAAAUAAAAGCUCCUGAGCAGAUAAAGCAUGAGGUGGAGGAGGAGGAGGAGGAAAAGGAAGAGGAGGAGGAGGAAGAGGAAAGAACUGAGAAAAUGGAGGUUGAUGAACCAGAAGAUGCCAUCGAGAUGCCCCAAGUUAGAGUUCGAGAGCGUAAAAAAGCACAAAUUGAGAAGGAAGCAAAAGCACCAGCUCUCAAGUAUACAGUUCUCAGCCUGUAUGAAGAGAAGCUUCUGCUGCGGAGGCUGGAAGCCUGUCCUCACGCUGUGGCUUUGAGCCCUGAAGCCAAGCGACUGCGACGCAAACUGCUCGUAAGGCAAGCGAAAAGAGAGCGGGGACUGCCGUUCUUUGACCUGGACCAGGCCGUAAGCGCUGCGGUCUCAUUAGUUGGUGGUUUAUAUGGAGCCAGGGAAGGCAAUCGAGUUCGGAUCCCUGUAGGCCUGGAAACCUUUCAGACCACCAGACAGGACUUUCAGAUUUUGGACAGGUACCAGAUUCCUUUGCCAAACAUUAAGGGAUAUCAGCACGAAACAACGAGGUUUAUGUGUCGACUCACUGGGUCAGGAGACUUGUUUAUGAACCACAGCAUUAUUAGCCCAUAUACCUCACGGGUCCUCAAACCAUACAUCAGGCGGGAUUUUUAUUCCAAACCACUAAAACUUCGAUUGCUGGCAGAAAUCCGGGGCUAUCCCCACAGAAAUGAUCCCACCUGGAAAGCUGACCUGGAAGCCUCUAUUGACUAUUGCUACGUUCGCCCUAACUUUAUUCCAACGAUAAACUCCAUGUGCCAUGAAUUUUUCUGGCCAGGCAUCGACUUGUCCGAAUGCUUACAAUAUCCAGAUUUCAGUGUUGUUGUCCUUUAUAAAAAAGUUAUCAUAGGUUUUGGCUUCAUGGUUCCUGAUGUGAAGUACAAUGAAGCUUAUAUCUCCUUCCUGCUGGUUCAUCCAGAGUGGAGGAGAGCUGGGAUCGCAACGUUUAUGAUUUACCAUCUAAUACAGACCUGUAUGGGGAAGGAUGUGACUCUACAUGUCUCAGCCAGCAACACAGCAAUGUUGUUGUAUCAGAAAUUUGGAUUCAAAGCUGAAGAAUACAUCUUGGAUUUCUAUGACAAGUAUUACCCACUGGAUAGUAAGGAAUGCAAACACUCAUUUUUUCUCCGAUUGCGCAGAUGAUGUUUUAAAAAUGAUCAGAACUGAAACGGCAGCAUUUAAGAACCCGCUGGAAGAAGGAAUGCAUCAAAAGAUCAAACUCUCACAAAUGAGAGAGAUUGGAUAUUUAACUCACUAAACAAGGGCAAGUGAGCAGGUGUAAUUUGACAGAUGUCCACAAAAACUGUAACAUUUGGGAUCAUGUUUUAAAGAAAUCUAUACACUUGAA